AUGUUCACUGGAGUAAUUCAUGGGUUCAAUUCGCGUCACAGCACUAUCUCUAUUCUUUCCACCAUGGUCGGUUCAACAGUUCUUGCAUUAGCAGCAUACACAUGGUGGAAGAAGCGUUCCGAGGCGGAAGAAGAUGAUGAAAUGUUUGAAAUCAAAAAUUCCGUCUUAUUUGAUCCCAAUGUCAAAUUCCCUGAAAAGUCAGCUAUGGAUCCCCUGAGUUAUACUCCAGGAGUUCUCGACACAGGGGUCGUUUCCACAGAGGAGCGGGACGAUGCAUUGAACUUGGCGCGUAAGUUGCUGCGUCAGCUGCAUGAUCCGAGGUAUGAUGUUGAAGAAAAGGCAGAGGCAGAGGCAGAAGCUGGCUCGGAUUCUGAGGAAACGAAUGUAUCGCUUAAUUAUCACAUAGCAACAGAGUUGGAGAAGGAGGCACGUGACGGUCUAGUAGAAGCUGUGGUGCAAAGCGAAGUGCUGAAACUGGAGGGGCAAGGAAAGAUGCUCAAGCCGGAAAACUGCGUGGAUGUCUUACAUAGAGCAGUAGAGUACCUUGACAUCUCAAAUGAACGGGAGAAACUUCGACAGCGUCGUGCUGCUAUGCACCUUAACGGAUCACAUGAACAACGCUUUCCGUGGGGUGGUAAUGGUAAUGAUAUGGAACGACUUAUGGAACAGCGUAAAGCCAUUGAUGCGGCUUACGCGGAAUCUUUUGCUCAUGGUGUAGAAAUUGAUCACCGACUCCGUGAAGCUAAUAAUAAUAAUUAUGGUAUGGAAGAACGUUUUGAGAUGAACUGGGAAGGUGAUGAUGAUAAUGAUGAUGAUGAUGCUGAAGCGGACUUAAUGGCGUAUCUUGAUGAAGAUGAUCGGGCUGGCUAUGGCAGUAUGAUGGAUGCCCGUAUGGCGGCAAUGCUGGGUAUGGAUAUGCGGUUAUUAGGUGCUGACGGUGUCGUGUAUGACGGUGACGGCGACUACAAUGAUGAUGUGGAGGAGGAGGAGGAGUAUGAGGAGGAUGAGAUUGAUGAAGCGACUGAAAAGGCGGCAUUUGAACGUAUGCUGCUCGAUAAACUUUAUCAACUGGCAGAGGGAAUGGGAAAAAAUGGCAUCACAAUGAAUACCACAAGGAAUUCUGGAAAGAAUCCACAAAAAUUGACUACUACUCUGGAGGAAAACAACAUGAGUGAAAAUGGGGUGGAGGAGCUACAAGGUGACAAUGACAAUGAUGAUGAUGAAUGGGAAACGGAAAGUGAUGAUGAUAAUGUUGUUGCUGAAGGGGAGUAA